ACAUGACGUCGUUUCCUCCUUCCUUUUCACGCUUCCCCUGUAGCGUGGCCGCUGCUUGUUCCCCUCUCUCUUGGGUGCGGGACUUUUAGAGACGAAAUUUAAUGCCGGGAUUACUUCAAAACGGAGAAAUGGAGAGCGGAGUCGGCAAGAAGAAGAAAAUAUCUGAAACUCCCACACCCAAGAAGAUGAAAAGAAAAAUCCACAAUGGGGAAACAGAAGAACCAGAUUUUGAGCAAGUUUCUAAUAUCAAUGAAGAAGUGACCGAAGACUGUAAUAACAAUAAACAGACACCGAAACAUAAGAAAAAGAAGCAUGCCAAAAAAGAGCGUUCUCCUGAAGCAGCUGAGCAAAUAGACGAGGAGCAGGAAGUCACCAAAGCUCCUAAAGUCAAGAAAUCAAAGAAGAAAACGCCAAAAAUCGAGCAGGAAGAAUCAGAACAGCAAAACACAGCAGAAUCUGAACCACAGAUCAACGGCAAAAAGAGUGGUAAAAAAUCCAAAGCGGAGAAAACCUCAACGACUGAGAAUGGAGAAGUACAAUCCACAAAUAACGACGCCCCACAAGCAAAGAAAAGGAAAACGGAGCCAGAGGCAGAGGCGAACGCGGAGGAAACCAAAUCGGAUGAUGAGGAGACUGCCUUGGAAAAAAAGGACGGCGACUUUUCUAAUUAUCCUAUUAGUGAAGAAACCAUUACAAAUCUGAAGGCAAAAGGAGUGACUUACCUGUUUCCUAUUCAAGCCAAAACCUUCCAUACUGCUUACAGUGGUAAGGAUGUUGUAGUCCAGGCUCGCACUGGUACUGGCAAAACCUUCUCAUUUGCAAUCCCUCUGAUUGAAAAACUAAUCCAGGACAAAUCCCCAUUGGUGCAAGGACGACCCCCCAGGGUGCUUAUCCUCACACCCACCAGAGAACUGGCAAUCCAGAUAACGAAUGAAGUUCGCAGCAUCUCUAAAAAGCUGAAGACCUGUUGUUUCUAUGGAGGGUCUCCUUACCAGCAGCAAGUAUUUUCCAUAAAAACUGGGAUUGAUAUCCUGGUGGGGACUCCUGGCCGUAUAAGAGAUCUCAUCCAGAACUAUAAGCUGAAUCUGACCGUUCUGAAACACGUGGUCUUGGAUGAAGUAGACAUGAUGUUUGACAUGGGGUUUUCUGAGCAAGUUGAAGAAAUAUUAUCUGCUCGUUAUAAAUCUGAUCCAGAUGAUAAUCCUCAGACCCUUCUCUUCUCUGCGACCUGCCCCGAUUGGAUGUAUAAUGUUGCUAAGAAAUACAUGAAAAAAGUAUAUGAAAAAAUUGACCUUGUUGGACACCGUAGUCAGAGGGCUGCCAUCACUGUGGAGCACUUGGCCAUUGAGUGUAACAGAUACCAGAAACCAGUCGUCCUUGGUGAUGUCAUCCAGGUGUACAGUGGAAGCCAUGGAAAAACAAUUGUCUUCUGUGACUCCAAGUUGGAAGCUCAUGAAUUGUCAACAAACUGCGGCUCAUUAAAGCAGACCGCCAAAGCAUUACAUGGAGAUCUUCAGCAAAAGGAGAGGGAAGUCAUCUUGAAAGGCUUUAGAAGUGGCUCUUUUAAUAUAUUAAUUGCAACCAAUGUCGCUGCCCGUGGUCUAGACAUUCCAGAAGUGGAUCUCGUUGUGUUAUAUUCUGCACCAAAGGAAGCCGAUUCUUACGUCCACCGUUCAGGACGCACAGGCAGAGCAGGACGCACAGGAAUCUGCAUUUCCCUUUAUGAAUCCAGAGACAGAUAUUACUUGAACAAUGUUGAGAGAAGUACGGGGAUCACCUUCAAGAGAGUUGGAAUUCCAUCCGUAUUGAAUGUGGCCAAGUCAUCCAGUGCUGAUGCCAUCAAGUCAUUGGACUCUGUCUCGGCUGAUGUCAUUGAACAGUUUAAAACAUACGCAGAGGAGCUCAUCGAGAAGAAAGGGGCUGUCAAUGCAUUGGCAGCAGCGUUGGCUCAUAUGUCUGGGGCUUCAUCCCUGAAGCAGCGAUCACUUCUUAACAUGGAGCCGGGCUUUGUUACAGUGCUAUUGGAGAGUUCAGUGGCCAUCCACACCCUUUCUUAUGUUUGGCGUUCCAUUAAAGAGCAAAUGGGAGAAGAUAUUGAUUCAAAAAUACACAGAAUGUGCCCACUAAAGAACCUCAUGGGAGCGUGUUUUGAUGUAAAGCCAGAAACUCUUAAGGCAAUGCAGGACGCCUGGGGCAGCUCAAGACGCUGGAAGUUUUCAGUCGCAACAGAAUUACCCGAACUUCAGGAGUCAAAGAGUGACAUGGAAGGCUCCCGCGGCAGAGGUUUUGGAGGCAGAGGAGGAGGAGGAAGAUCUUUUGACAGAAGACGUGGCGGCAAUAACAGGAAUUCAUCCCAGAGAGGAGGAAACAGACGUGGAGGCUUUAGAAGGCGCUGAUGGAUGCCACAAUUUUUUUUUAUAACUUAUUCUCUCAAGAACCAGCGAUGCUUUGUUGAGUUUGACAGGACGUGAGUUGAUAAAUCUGCCACUUUAUUUCAUGCCAUGUAAAGCUGUGUACCCCUGCCCUUAUUAAAACCAUAUCUUAGAGUAAA